AGCCCCAGGACCCUCCACUUUUUCAGACCCAUUCUGCCCACUCGAGAACCCAAGAAGCCACACUUCUUUCGGUUACAGUGGUGAUCUCUCUCCCUCUUCCUCUGGCUUUCUUUCUCUCUCACGCACAUCCACAAUGGGGAGAGCACCGUGCUGUGAGAAGGUGGGCUUGAAGAAAGGGAGGUGGACGAAGGAGGAGGAUGAGAUCCUGGCGAGGUACAUCAAUGAGCACGGGGAAGGGUCGUGGAGAUCGCUGCCCAAGAAUGCUGGUUUGCUGAGGUGUGGGAAGAGCUGCAGGCUGAGGUGGAUCAACUACCUGCGGGCGGGUCUCAAGAGGGGGAACAUCUCGUCGGAGGAGGAGGAGAUGAUCAUCAAGCUCCAUGCCACCCUCGGCAACAGGUGGUCCCUGAUCGCGGGUCACAUGCCGGGCCGGACGGACAACGAGAUCAAGAACUACUGGAACUCGCAUCUCAGCAGGCGGGCGAGCGACUUCCGUGACGGCGUCGUGGUCAACGUCGACCUCAGCAAGCUGCCCGGCGGCGGCAAGCGGCGCGGCGGCAGGACGAGCCGUGGCGCGGCGGACAAGGGCAAGGAGAAGAAGGGGAAGGAGAAACAGAAGGACAAGGUUUCAGAAGUGGAGCAGCAGCAGCAGCAGCAGCGCGAGGAGGAAGACAUGAGCGUCUCAACACCUAGCUCCCUGCAGCCUUGCACUGCCCAGCAGAGCGAGGAGCAAGCACAAGCCAGUGCCAGUGGCGUGACAUCUGAUGGGCUCGAGGAGGGCCCGUUGGGCCCCAGCGAGGAGAUGGUGAGUGGGCUUCUAGGUCCAGAAAGCCAAAAGCUGGAGGUGGGCCCAGAUGAUCAAUCAUGCAAUGGGAGUGAAAGUGGGCUUGCUGGUGUGGCCGAAGAACUGGGUGACAAGGCCGUGGAUUGGGACCUGAUGGCGCUGGACAUCUCAGCCAGCGAUGACAUGUGGGACUCGCUGGUGUGGGACUACGAUGACGUGGUGGCCCCGGAUGGUGGGCAGCAGGAAGAGGUGAUGUCAGACCUGUUCUUCCUGGACAAUUUGUAGGAGGUGACGCUGUGUAUCUUUAGCAUGGCUUUUGUGAUGCUUUUAACUUUUGAUCCGGUAGAGUUUGAUGUGUUCGGCGCAGAGUGUGCUUCAGUGACGUUUUUGUCUGUUGGUCUGGUCUGAUGAAUGGAGGGAAUGGAAGAAAUUGUGGAAAAAUAAGUGGUGGAAUUGCUCCUUUGUUGAACAAUUACAGACAUGAUCCAUGAUGAACGAACAAAUGUUGCUGGAAAAUUCUAGUGAAA